UGAGAAAGAGUAAGACUAUUUUUAGGAAAACACUACUGAGAAGCACCAAACUCAUUUUUACUCACCAAGGUUCACUGGCGGAGGAAAAUCUAACUGUGAAGAAGAAUCCUUAAAUCGCUCUAAAGCUAUUUUUGUUGGUUUUCUUUAAUUUAGAUGUAUGAGAGUAACAUUGGUUUAUAGCAUCAGAUCCUUCCUUACAAACAAAGAAGGAAGUCUACACAACAGUUUCAACUUCUACUAUCAACAAGUAUGUAAUCCACCCGAUCCAUGUUGAGAGUCGUUUCUUAAGUAGAUCUGAUGUGGAAAUGUCUCCUACCCAUCUGAGCAAGAGUUUAGUCAGGCAUAGCCAUAGAUCUCCUAUAAGAUCAUUCAAGACCCCAGAAGGGAUGAGAAAGACUAAAGAUCAGUUUAAUUCAGCGGAUAGAUUGACUGUAGCCGAAACUUUUGCCAUUGAUAGGGAAAACAAGUAUAGCAAGUCUAGUAAAAAGUUUAAGAAGAAACCUACAAAGUUAAACCAUUCAGCUCAAUUGCCUCCAAUGAAAUCUAUAGCGAAUAAAUUACUGAAAGAAAAUUAUGUGGAUGUGCACCAGCAAGCAGAGAGAAUUUCUACUAGUCAAAGGCCAACCAUAGAGACUCUGGUGAAUGUGAGAUAUUCUCACAUUCCUGUGGAUCCUGGAGUCCCAAUGGGAUACUCUAAGGUGGAGCCUACGUUUAGACAUUACAAAGAAAUUAAUGAGCAGAUGUUACAUGCUCCUAGGAUCUCACAGAUUGUAACUACCUCUACUUCCAAUUCUCAAGGUAACCAGAAGCUUGCAGAUCAAAGAAGGACGGUGGAUUACUCAAAUCUAAGAUACGCAGUUGAGGAUGUCCAGCUUAGUUUCAAUAAUGAUCUCAACUCAAAGUCAAAGGAUACUAUGAGACAAAGAUUGAGCUCGAUCUUUCAGAGCCAAAUAAAGAAGCAGAAAUAUGACGCCUCAAGGCUCUCAGCAGCUCCGUCUCAGACAAAAGUUUUGGGAAAAGUCUUAUCAAGUCUCCAAAAUUCGAGGAUUGAGGAAUCAAAAGUUCUAAAAUAAAUCUGGAACAAAGAAUGCAGCUUCUGAUGGCCAAAAGAUGGCCUUUGCUCAAGAGAUCCUCAAACUCAAGAACAAGCUAAGACAAAAGAGAGUGAGGCUUGACAAGCUGAAAAAUGCUACUCAUAGUUUAAAUGUGUUUAUACAAGAUAAUCAUGAAAAUGCAAGAUCUUCAGUGAGCACAGAAAAACCAAAAUAUGAGGAUAUCAAUCUUUACAUGAAACACCUGAGUACGGUCAGAGAUGGAUUAGAAGUAACAAAGACAACAGAUGGGGUUACAGACAGCAAGCUUAGAGACAAUGCAGCUAGACUUAAGAAACAGAGAGAAACACAACUUCUAGAAGCAAUUAAUGCUUUAAAUAAUCAACUUGCAGCUCUGAAGGGUAUUUUAGCCACUCGUGGUGAUAGUUUAUCAAGCUGUUACCAAAUUCUGAAGGACAAGGCAAGUGUCCUUUCAGAGACAAAGCUUAAGUUCAAGACCUUAGGAAUGGAGUCUACCAAGCAAGUCCUUAAAAAGGCAGACGAGUUUGAUGCCGAGCUUAAGAUCCUUGAGGAGCUAAUGAAAAGGAAGAAGAAUCUUCUCAUAAACCUCUACAGCUUAGAUAUUGAACUAGGUAGUUGUAAUCUCUACAACAGAUUCCUCCAGUUUGACAUAGAGAUCAAGUAUCAUUCUGAGUCUCUCCAUAAAGGCAGGAUUGAUGAGAUCUGCAAGGAAAAAUAAUAAUUUACUGGGACUUAUUACAGGAAGAUUAGAUCAUAUUGAGGGAGCCUACCAGAGAAUUAAAAACUUUAUUAUGAAAGCUAAUAGGCUUGAGCAAGACUCAACUCUCAGCACGAAUUUCUUCUCUGACAGUGAGCAGAUAGAUAAUUUAAGAAGAGAAUUUGAGAAAGAGCUAGAGAGAAAGCUUGAAGAAAGAGAACAGCUCAAGGAAAGAUUAAUAAUCAUGGCUAAUAUCUCUCCUGAAGACCUUGAUGGCCCUCUUGGCCCAGAUGGGUAUCUCUUUGUAAUAGAGGAAAUGACAAUAGAGAUUGUUGAUAGAGAAAGUAUUAGAACUGAACUCUUAAGGAAGCUUAAAAAUAAGACAAUUAUGAACAUCAGGUUAAGUCAUGAAGUAUUUGAAGCAAGCAGAGAUGCAAGACAUUAUGAAGGAUUAUGGGAACUAGCUUCCGUAGAUGAGAACAUUAUUCUUCAUAAUCACCUUUACUCCGUCCUGAUAUCUCUUAGAGAACAACUCGAAGAGGUGUACACAAAUGUAGAUAACACAGAUAUUGCAAAACUUCAAUCUGAAAUUGGUGAGAGAACUCAGGAUGUAAUCACACUACAAAAGCAGAAAGAAUAUUUGACUCAAGAAAUAAAUUUGUGCGCCCAGCUCGCUCAUAGAUAUGAUGUAGUCUUAAAAUACAUCGAAGAAGAUGAGAAAAGUGAUGAGUACCGCAUGACUAUUCAGGAAGAAACCAUGAAACUUGAAGAAGCAGAGAAACGUGAACUACAAGCUGAGCAAGAGCUCGAAGCUCAGAGACAAGCUCAGCUUCAAAGACAAAUUGAGGAACGAAUGAGAAGAGAGCAACAAGAAGCUGAAAGAAAGGAAAAGUUAAAACUUCAGAGACUGGCCAAAGAGAAAGCUCAGAAAUUAGAAAUUGAGCGUCUCCUUGUUGAAGAAAUUGAUAAAGAGUCUGAACGCCAGAAAAGAUAUGAGGAAACUAAGCGUCAAGAGCUUGAACAUCAGAAACAGAUUGAGGAGGAGCGCUUCAAAGCUCGUGAGCUAAAGAUGAAACAGGAAAUCGAAGCACAGAGACAAAGGAUCUGGGAUGCUCAGAGGAAAAAGCAAGAAGAAAGACAAAUGACCAUACAGAUUGAGGCUAAAAGAGAGAAGGAACUUCAAGCUAAACGUCAAAAAGAAAUCCAAGAGAUGCUUAAAAGAGAACAAGAAGACCAACAGCUCAGAGCACAGGAGGAGGAUGAAAGGAAGACUAUUGUAGAAGUCAGCAAGAAUUAUGAGAUAGUUAAGAUCCAUGAAACUGACUCAAAGCAAGCAUAUCUUGAUGAAUCCACACCUGGAAAUGAGCUUUCAACUUUCAAUUUACACCAGAGAAUGAAAGACUACAACAUCACUGUUGAAGAAUCCAAGCAAGGAGGGCUUAACGAAGAGAGUUCGAUAACUAAAACAUUGAGGAUCAGUCAUAAUAACAAUUUUGGCAUCCAAGAGUUCCUGGAUGAGUCAAAUAUAGAGAAAAUCAAAAUCCAAGAGGAAGAAUCAAAGGAGAAUAACCGUGAUUCUGAGCUACAAGCUAUACCUGAUGAUCUCAUUGAUGAAACCAGAGAUGAAGUAGGUAUCGGAGGAUUCGCCAGAACUAUUGUGAAGCAAGGUAUGACAAGAGAUGUCUUCGAGAAGCCAGAAGCAUUUUAUGUCGGAGAUAAAGGACCAUUAGAAGUCUGGGUCCCUUAUCAAGAAGAUAUCAUCAGAAUCUUUAGUGACGAAUAUAGAAGUAAAUUAGUGAGGAUUUCACAGUCAGACUUCAAGUUCUCAGGCAAGAAGUUCAGGUUCUUCAUCUCAAAAGACGACAGACUCUUUGCUGGCACAAAGGAGAAGAUGUGGCCUCUUGGAGACUUCAUCGAGCACUACAAAGACUUUGAUUACGAAGAUGCCUCAGAUAGUAAUGGCAAGGAGAGUAUUAGCUAUAGCCAGGUUAUUGUGCAAGAGCAGAGCUACUAUGACUCUUCUAGUGUCCCAAACCCAUAGUUCUUCUGCCAUUUUCAAUUGAAA